AUGUUUCAAACUGCAGAGGACCUUGGGGAUCCCGGAAGAGGCCACGGGAAAAUCCCUUUUAUACAAUUGGAUUUGCCCAGGACCUCCAAUACGCGCCAGGCUCGCGUCCUAAAUCAAACCCGGGAGAUUACCAAAGCUACCACCGGCCGUGUCAUUGGCAAUCAAGACCAUAACGACAAAGUCCUGCCCCAGGACUCACAGCCCUCAGGCCAUCACCCUGGACCUCGCGGCACUACUGGUCAAGGACUCAGCCUACAGCACUCUCCGCGCUCCUCCAUCAUUUCUGGCGAUCAGCAUCGUCGCCCCUUCGUCAAGGCUCGCAUUUGCGUCUUCUUUCGAAAUGGUUAUAACUGGGUGGUAGGCAUCUUCACCUUCUUCCGACCUGGUAAUAAUACAGACGCUGUCCAAAUUGUGCUCUACUGCCUGAUAGCCGCGGCCACGGUCAGCAUCAUCGCCAGCGCUAACAUGCUGAAGUCCUUUUCGGAUAAGCAGACUGAGGACGUGAAGAACGCUGUUCUUCUAUGGCUGUUUGGCAGCAUUGUCAUUCUAGUUCUGAUUCUCAUCUUUAGUCAGCACCGCGCCUCUGGUAUCGAGGAAUGGGGAUCUAGCCGUGGCUUGUAUACAGAAGCACCGUGGAUCGAAAUGGGUAGCCGCAACUACCACCCUCGAGGUCGCCCUCAGCAACUGCAAAACCUUACCCACCCGCAGCCUGCCCGCACUGCUGUUCACCGAAUCGAAGGCAGCGUCUACCGCCAGUCAGGCACUUCCAUCGAGCAGGAUAUGGGUCGACAUCGCCGAAGCGCAAAUCCCCGAGACAAUCAUAUCGACCAGCUUCCAGCCCAAUAUCUGCUUUUGCAGAAAUACGGCAAGGCAGCUGGUAGUUCGGGAGCACAUGAUAUUAUUGCUCGAGCACAAAUUCGUGACCAGAGCAUCUCGUCUUCUGUGAACAGCGACAGCGAUAUUGGUAUUGCUCGCAGCAGCUCUUUGCAUAAGAAGGAGACCGGUAAGCUAGGAUCACCCAUAAAGUUCAGCACCUGUUCUGCGCAGGAGGAUUCCGUAGUCACCAACGAGCAACUAUCAACUAUCACCUCAGCUUCGACUGGGUCUGGCCUUAGCGACAUCGGCUACUUCGGCUCUUCCGAAUCCAGCUCGCCUCGCCGUACCGGGCUCCCUCCCCGCGACAGCUGGUGUCUCGAACCUUCUUUCAGCUCUAGCACUCUUCCCACAUAUGGCAGCACCAAGCGCGAUUUCACCAAAGCUAGCGUCUUUCCUCCUCGCAGUAGCUCGCUUACCGAAUUUUCGUCGAAGGGCACAUUCUCCAGCGCUGAUCGCAAGUACGAAGUCGAUACCAACUUUUCGUAUCCGUAUAGAACUGCCUACAAGGAACUCAGCCCUAUUAUCGAGCGUGCUAGCGAGGCUCACUCUUCACCUUAG